AUGCCUACAAUUCUCAAGUUCCGAUGGUAUGACUUUACUGCAGCAGCAGAAGGGGGCGAGUUCUCCGACCUGACGAUGGUCAAGUUCCGAUGGUAUGACUUUACUGCAGCAGCAGAAGGGGGCGAGUUCUCCGACCUGACGAUGGUCUCCAAGUUCCUGAACAUCGAAGCAGACAAAUGUGGAGCCUUCGCGACCUCAGAAGAGAAGAGCGGGUUCAGAAGAACUCAUCGACAAGCGACGCACUCUACGAGAGAAAAGGACUUUAAAGAAAGAGAUUCAAGACAGUCAACAGAAAAGACAGAAAAUUGUCCUAUGUGCCAAGGUGGAUACUUCCUCGUCAACUGCCAGAAGUUCCAGAAGACGUCAGUGCAAGAUCGAUGGGCAACAGUAAAGAAAAGUCACGUUUGCUUCAAAUGUCUUCAAGGGAAACAUCGAAAGGAGAGCUGCGAGAAACCACCAUGUAAGGAAUGCAAGAGGAGCCAUCAUCAUUUGCUGCACGUCGAAUCAGAAGACAGGACCUCGGGAGAGAAGAAGGCGGAAACACAAGAAGAAGUAGCAAGCGUCAUGACAUCAGUGAAUGCAGUCAACAACGCAAGGGCAUACCUGAAGAUAGUUCCAGUAGAAAUCUUCGGGCCAAAAGGAUCCAAAAGAAUAUUGGUAUUGGUUGUAAGAGUAGUACAGUUCAUGAACACGUGUCUACAUGUCAGCACACCAGAUGAAGAGAUGCAUCAAGCCAUCAAAGACCACUUUGCAAUCGAGGCGCUUGGCGUGCAACUACGAAGACCCACCACAGAUUCAGAAGGCAGAAGCAGAAGACUUGAAAAUGGACGAUUCGAAGCUGGACUCUUAUGGAAAAAUGAAGAUGAACAGAUGCCCGAGAGCUACACGUCUGCCAAGAACCGGUUGUUCAAUAUUGAAAAGAAGAUAGAUAAGGACCCUCAGCUGAAGGCAGAAUAUGUCAAGCAGAUCCAGCAUCUUAUCGACAGCAAGUAA